AUGUGUUUGGAGCACAACCAUGAUGUUGGUGCAUCUGUAUUUGCACUAUAUGCAGAUAACCGAUGCCCUGCAGGAGCUGCUUUGGAGCAGGCUGAAAAAAUGUUGGAUGCUGGUGCAAAUCCACCACACGUAACAAAUGUCCUACAUCAAUCAAACUUUCCUGUAGCAAGAAAAGGUGUAUAUAAUUUGAAGCAUGGUUUUGUCGACAGUGCUGAUGCAAAAAACAUUGACGAAAAAAUAUUGAAUGCCCAAAUAGUUUUUAGCAGCGUCGGAUUAAGCGUCAAGAAUCGGAAUUUUUUGUGGAGAAUGUAA